AUGAACAUAAAAUUAUCGAUAACUCUUAUCAUACUGAAUGUCAAGUUAAUAAUACCUGAAAAAGUCCAGAUACAUCAAAUACCUAAAAUACCAACAACGACAUCUGCAACAACACCCGAUUGUAUUUGCGUACCUUAUUAUCAGUGUGAUAUAAACAACACCAUUAUAAGCGACGGUAUUGGUUUAAUCGAUGUACGAAUCCGCCGUUGUACAGGUGAUUUAGAAGUUUGUUGUAAACCUCCAAAAAUGCGCCCAACUUCACCCCCAACUUCCCCACCAACUUCUCCCCCUACUUCUCCACCAACCUCACCUCCAACUUCCCCACCAACUUCACCUCCUACUUCUCCCCCUACUUCACCUCCGACUUCACCACCAACUUCGCCCCCUACUUCACCUCCGACUUCUCCCCCUACUUCACCUCCGACUUCACCACCGACUUCACCACCAACUUCACCACCAACUUCACCACCAACUUCUCCCCCUACUUCACCACCAACGACAUUAAAACCAUUUCCAACAUUACCACCAUUAAAAUGUAUGUGCGUUGAAAAAUAUCAAUGUGGUCCCGAUGGUUUUAUAAUAACUUCAGGAAGUGGAAUUAUCGAUCCACGUCAAACUUCAUUUUUAUGCUCUGAAUGUGCAUGCGAAUCUUCAUUAAUGUGUUGUCGUAUACCACCGAAUAGUAACAAUGUAUACUUCCCACCUUCAUUGCCCAUCGCAACUCCAACUUCACUCCCAACUUCACCGCCAACUUCACCGAUAACCUUUUCAACUUCACCUAUACCACCCCCAACUUCACCACCAACAACCGCAAUUAUUUUUUCAACUACACCAUUUCCUAUCCCAACUUCAACUUCACAGCCAACUUCACAUAUAUGCAAAUGUGUACCAACUUCACAAUGUGAUAAAAAUGGAUUUAUAAUCGUAUCUGGCGCUGGUAAUAUCAACCCACGUUAUCCAGCUCGGCAGAUACAGAUUGUCGAUAUCACUUGUGCCGAUAAUGAAGUUUGCUGUUAUUUACCAUUGAAUGGUUACGACAGUAUCUCAUUUCCUGAUAUCAAUAAUCAAAAUAGCGGAAAUUUUGGGCCCAAUAUUGAUCCACGGGCAAAUUUGACAAUUAAAAAUCCCGGUACUUCAAAAGCUUGUAAAUGUGUUAAAUCUAGUCAAUGUCAAAUUGGAAGUGAAGUACAAUUAGAUGCCGUGGGAUUUAUUGAUCCCCGUUUCCGGUAUUGUUUACCUAUGGAUGAAGUUUGCUGUAAAUUAAGUGGAAUUUUAAAGGAAAUGAGUGUUGGGGAUACUCAGGGUAAUGUUUUGCCUGGGACUAGUCUGAUAGUCAAUAGAUUUGAUGACCCAGCAGCAACGCAGCCAUUUUGUGGUAUCAAGGGCCCGAAAUGUAGUACAGGUAGUUGUUCUGACAUAGGUGGACAAACUUAUUUUGCUGAAUUUCCAUGGAUGGUUGCGUUGAUUGUCCGACCAACGACCACUGGUACCAAUGAAUUUUUAUGUGGCGCAUCGAUGAUUAAUAACCGCGCUGUACUUACUGCUGCUCAUUGCGUUCUAAAACGAAAGCCAGGACCACUAAUCGCGCGUUUUGGUGAAUGGGACACGGCUUCUACCAGUGAGCCGCUGCCUUAUCAGGAAUCAGUAGUGCAGGCGAUUGUAACACACCCGCAAUAUUACAGCGGGGGUUUAUACAAUGACAUUGCAAUUUUAAUACUCGAAACACCAGUGACUUAUGCUGUCAAUGUAAUGCCUGUUUGCUUGCCUAAUCAAAUGAUGACUUUUUCUCCUGGUACUCGGUGUUGGGCUACCGGUUGGGGUCGUGAUGCUUUCCAAGGAAAAUACCAGUCUCUGCUGAAAAAAAUCGACUUGCCGCUUAUUGAUCGAUACGAAUGUCAAUUACGUCUGCGAGCGACUCGUCUGGGUCAAUUCUUUCAAUUACACUCCAGUUUCCUCUGCGCAGGAGGCGAAGAGAACAAAGAUACCUGCACAGGUGACGGCGGUGGUCCUCUUCUUUGUUCAAUUCCUACCGGACAAUUUGUUCAGGUAGGAAUCGUAUCCUGGGGAAUUGGUUGCGGUGCUUCAAAUGUACCAGCAGUUUACACCGACGUCAUUAAAUAUCGGUCUUGGAUCGAUCAACAGUUAGCUAAUUACGGUGUUUUGUAA